UUCAGACGUGCUGCGCAUCGGCUCGGCCAAUUCUCGGCCGUAGCCACGGAUAACUUCACGGUACGCCACCAAAUUUGUUACCAUCUGAUAAAGCAAGUCACCCGGCGCACGUGGACACCGAUUUCAACCAGGUGGGCCGGUUUUCGGCAAUUUUAGAGCAGUUUUUCACCCCGCCACGUGGGCGACGCCGUCCAGCCUGACGGCGACGCCGAUGCCCGGCGGCGUGGAGACUGCUUCCCGAGGCAAUAUGGCCGUCUCUACGCUAACCCAGCGUGGCUACGACCCGGACGCGAUGUCCUGGACGACGGUUCCGACGACUGAGGAGCCCAAUUCUGCGAUUCCUUCGAAUAUUCGAAGCCAAGCUCUCCUCAACGCGGCCGCUCGCCGCUUGCAAGAGAAAGCCAAGAUGGUAGCGCCUGCCGCCGCCCCGGCGUCCGGCAACCCAGCGGGCAAGACGCAGCCUCCUGCCUCGAACGCUGCAGGAAGCAAGGGCAAGGUCUUCACGAAGUGGAAGCCUCGCCCGCUACUAAAACCGAACCCGGAUGACUACGUGAUCGUUGUAAAGCCACGCGAGCAUAUUUCCUUGCAUGAAGCCUUCUCCGAGAAUCGCUACGGGACCGCUUUCACGGCUUACCUCGGGUCCGAGCGGGCAGAGACCGCAUCGAUUCUCCCUUCGAGAGAACAAAAUUUGAUUGUGAUCCAUACCCCGGACCUCGAGACGGCGGACCGAGUGAUAGGGGAUUUUUCCGUCAACACCGAACGCGGAGCGGUCCCGCUCCACGGAUACCUACGGCAAGAUGGCGGAAACGUUUGCCACGGUGUCAUCGUGGUGUGCAACUCGGACACGACGGAGACACUUCAGCAAAAGGUGCGUUGGAGAGCAGGCACCAUUGUUGAAGUGAGAAAAUUUGGCACAUCGAACAAAGCGCGUGUUACCUUCGCCGGAAAGGACAAACCGCGUUUUGUUCACUAUGACAACAUGGUGGUACCCGUCCAACCCUACUACCGUACAAUCCCGGCCUGCGGCAAGUGCGGUGCUGUCGGCCAUAGGAUGGAUGCAUGCCCAAACCUGAGACAGGACACUUGCGGUCUGUGCGGGCAACAGAUUCCACUCGUGGAGGGGGUGCGGGCCCCUCACGAAUGCGUGCCCAAGUGUUCAGUGUGCGGUGGUGGACACGUCACGAACUCCCGCGAGUGCACUGCAAAGUUCCGGAACUCCAAGACAGCCGCCCAAAAGGGCGGCAAGACCAUAACGGCGGUCAAGAAAAAACACCGCCAUCUUGAGCUUCCCGGUGGGCCGCCGCACCGGGACGUCACCAAGACCGGCAAGCCAGCGCCCACUGCCGGAGAAGCCGGGAGGCAAUCUACGGCGCCACCACACGGCGUGGCUGGGGCCUGGGCCGACGCCGUCAAAAAAGGAAAACAGGUGAGCGGCGCGGGCAGGGCUGCUUCCUCGUCCCCUCCCUCUACUCCUCCUGCGGCGCUCAGCGCCGAACAAAACAUGAUCGCGGCUCUCCAGGCGCAAAAUGAGAUGCUGCUAAAGAAAAUUACAGCGCUCGAAGCAAAAAUGACGCAACCCCUCCCUAGCCCCGCAGAAGAAGUAAUGGAAAGUGAGAGAGAAACGCCGGCGGAGGCACCUAGCGCGGUAGCCGCUCUCGAGGCCCGGAUCAACGCCCUCGAGGCCCACCUUUUUAGCCGCGCCUUAAAGGCUGCGGGCAGGGAUCCCCUAGUGAUCGUGGGCGAUUUCAACGCUCCCAGCACACUUUGGGGAUACGCGCGUGAGGAGAAACGUGGACGUAAGCUGGCGGAACUUAUGUCUACGCUGGGCCUUACUCUCCACACCGACCCUGCCCACCCAACUCGCGUGGGUAACUCCGUGACCCGGGACACGUGUCUGGACCUAACCCUCACCAAAAACAUUGAAUAUGUAGACUGGGUCAACACCGAAGAAACCCUCGGUAGCGACCACUGCAUACUCAAUACAACUAUUCGCACCCAUCCAUUGGCAAGACCUUUCGCACAGGCAAAAUUGCCCGAUUGGACCAAAUUCCGACAAACAUACACCAACUCGACCCCCAUUCAGGAGCAAGGGUACCGCGUCUGGUCCCAGCAAUUGGUUUCCACCCUUCGCUCCACGGAAACUCAAAUUCAACUCUCAGAGGCGACCCCGGAGGUGGACAACCACCUCCUUCACCUCUGGGAGGCCCGGCACAGCCUUGUCUGCCGAUGGCGCCGGCAAAAACACAAUCGGAAACUCAAAAUUCGCAUCGCUGAGCUCACCCAACGAGCGGCAGAGUACGCGGCCCAACUCGCUGACUCUAACUGGGUGGACCGGUGCAACACGGCCGCGCGACAAAUGUCCAGCCGGAGUACGUGGCGCCUCUUCCGCGCCCUAAUCGACCCCACCCAAACUCGAGCAGAAGCACAAAAACAUCUCCAACGAGCCAUUCACUGCUUCGAUGGAGACACUUCAAAAUUGGCAUGCAAGCUCCGAGAUCAAUACCUCUGUACUCAGCAGGACCCCCGAGGGCCCGCGUACUCGUAUGCAGGUUCCGAGAACGCGGAGAUGGACCAACCGUUCCAGCUGCACGACCUGAAGCUGGCGAGGGUCGACGGCAUCCAGCACGCGCUGUAUGCCGACGACAUCACCAUCUGGGCUAAACACGGCUCGGUAGGAGAAAUGGAGGCCAACCUGCAGCAAGCGGCGGACAUCGUAGACAACUAUGCCCGUCGAUGCGGCCUUCAGUGCUCCCCGUCCAAAUCUGAAUUUGUGCACAUACGCCCCUCACCAAAGUGCACUACCAAAAUCGACCUCUCCCUUAACAGUGGACCCAUACCCGAACACGACGAGAUCCGAGUACUGGGGCUCUUUAUUCACAAAAAUCGAAAAGCUGACACAACAUUGGCCAAAUUGCGUAAGGUGGGGGACCAGUCGAGUCCUUUACUCGGCUCCAUACCUCCACCUACGCAAAGUUGA